AAACGCAGGAUCACUUCCUGUGAGCAUGACCCGGCCCGGAGUUUGCGUCACGAGUUUCCGUUUGCAGCAAGCCGACACGCAGCACGAACGAGCCUGGACCAGCGAACGCGGACUGGCGAUCACAAUACCGAGAUUGGUUCAGAUUGAUCAUUUUUCGUUUUUUUGGGAACCGUCUGAGGGUGACGAUGAGAUAAAUUCAACCUUAAGAUGUAUGCAGCCUGUGUGAGGGGAGAGGGGAGCAAACCUUCGCUGGAACCGUAGUAACUGCUGUGUGUGUGUGAGGCUGUCAUGGAUGAACACGCCCUCCUGGGUCUCAGCCCCAACGCUGACGCCACCUACAGGCAGCGGGCGCUGGUGUAUUUCGAGCAGCUGAAGGAGUCGCAGGAUGGCUGGCAGGUGUGUGCAGAGGCGCUGGUGAAAGGGCUGUACAGUGAUGAUCACGUGAAGUUCUUCUGCUUCCAAGUUCUGGAACAUCAAAUCAAGUUCAGACACAGUGAACUCACUGCAGUCCAGCAGCAGCUAAUAAGGGAAACCCUCAUGAAAUGGCUCCAGUUUCAGCUGACGGCCCCCCCAGAGAAGGCGUUCCUCCGGAACAAGGCGGCGCAGGUUUUUGCCCUGGCCUUCGUGACGGAGUACCUGACCCAGUGGCCCAAGUUCUUCUUCGACAUCCUGUCUGUGAUUGGUCUGAACCCGCGGGGCGUGGACCUGUACCUGCGCACGCUGAUGGCCAUCGACGCAGAGGUGGUGGACCGAGACACCCUGCACUCCACCGAGGAGUCGCGCAGGAACGCCCUGAUCAAAGACUCCAUGCGGGAGCAGUGCAUCCCGGGCCUGGUGGAGUCCUGGUUCCAGAUCCUGCACACCUUCCAGCACACCCACUCGGAGCUCACCUGCCAGUGCCUGGAGGUGGUGGGGGCCUUCGUCUCCUGGAUCGACCUGUCACUCAUCGCCAACGACAGGUUUGUGAACCUGCUGCUGAGUCACAUGUCCGUGGAGGUCCUGAGAGAGGAGGCCUGCGACUGCCUGUUUGAAAUCGUCAACAAGGGGAUGGACCCGGUGGACAAGACCAAGCUGGUGGAGUCCCUGUGCCUGGUGCUGCAGAACGCCGGGUUCUUCAACGUGGAGCAGGAGGAGGAUGUGGACUUCCUGGCCAAGUUCUCGCGGCUGGUGAACGGCAUGGGCCAGGCGCUGGUGCUGAGCUGGACCCGGCUGGCCAAGGCCGCGGACCUGAAGCACAGCCAGGACUCACUGCAGGCCCUGGAGGCCAAGGUGCCCCUCACCCUGAGUCUGCUGGCCCACGAGGACGACGACAUCUCCUCCAACGUGGUGGGCUUCUGCUACGACUACCUGCACGUGCUCAAACAGCUUUCAGUACUCUCAGACCAACAGAAAAGCAACAUUGAGGCAAUCAUGGUGGCUGAUAAGAAACUGACAUACGAUGAUGAAUACAACUUUGAGAAUGAGGGGGAGCACGAGGCCAUGUUUGUGGAGUACAGGAAGCAGCUGAAGCUGCUGUUGGACCGGCUGGCCCAGGUGUCUCCUGAGCUGCUGCUGGAGGCUGUGCGGCGGGUCUUCACCUCCACCAUGCAGUCCUGGCGGUCCACAGCCUUCAUGGAGGUGGAGGUCGCGAUCAGGCUGCUGUACAUGCUGGGCGAGGCGCUGCCGGCCUCCCAGGGCGCACACUUCACCGGGGACGUGGCCAAGGCCAGCGCCCUGCAGGACAUGAUGAGGACGCUGGUCACCUGUGGGGUGAGCGAGUACCAGCACACCUCCGUCACGCUGGAGUUCUUCGAGACAGUCGUGCGCUAUGACAAGUUCUUCAUCGUGGAACCCCAGCACAUCCCCGGUGUCCUGAUGGCGUUCCUGGAUCAGCGGGGCGUUCGGAAUGACAGCCCCAAAGUCCGGAGCCGCGUGGCCUACCUCCUCUCCCGAUACAUCAAAACCCUGCAUAAGCACAUGAACUCCUACAUUGAGGACAUCCUGAACCGCAUCCAGGACCUGCUGGAGCUCUCUCCCCCGGAGAACGGCUACCUGAUGCUGCUGACGAGCGAUGACCAGCUGUUCGUGUUUGAGACGGCGGGGGUGCUGAUCGUGAACAGCGAGUGCUCGUCGGACAGGAAGCAGGCGAUGAUGCGCAGCCUGCUGGCCCCGCUGAUGGAGCGCUUUCAGCAGCUGCUGGGGAAGCUGCUGCAGGAGCAGGACGAGGAGCGGCAGGCUGCGCUCGCCGACUGCCUGAGCCACGCCGUGGGCUUCGCCAGCCGCACCAGCAAGGCCUUCAGUAACAAGCAGACGGUGCGGCAGUGCGGAUGCUCUCAGGUGUACCGGGACUGCCUGCAGACCUUCGUCCCCGCGCUGAGCUGCCCCGUCCAGAAGGAGGCGCUGCGGAGCGGCGUGAGGACCUUCCUGCACCGCAUGAUCAUCUGCCUGGAGGAGGAGGUUCUGCCCUUCAUCCCCGCCGCCUUCGAACACAUGCUGAAGGACUGCGAGGCCAAGGACCUGCAGGAGUUCAUCCCCCUCAUCAACCAGAUCACCGCCAAGUUUAAGGGUCAGGUGCUGCCGUUCCUGCAGCAGGUCUUCAUGCCGCUGGUGCAGGCCAUCUUCCAGGUGCUCUCACGGCCGGCCGAGGAGAACGACCAGACGGCCGCGCUGGAGAAGCAGAUGCUGCGCCGGAGCUACUUCGGCUUCCUGCAGACCGUCGCCAGCACCAGCAUGCACCCGGUCAUCGCCAAUCAGGGGCCAGAGAACAUCGAGCGGGUCCUGUUCACCGUCAUCCAGGGAGCGGUGGACUUCCCCGACCCCGUCGCCCAGAAGACCUGCUUCACCAUCCUGUCCAAGCUGGUGGAGCUGUGGGGCGGUAAAGACGGUCUGGUCGGGUUCCCUGACUUCAUCUACAAACACAUUGUCCCAGCAUGCUUUGUGGCCCCGCUCAAGCCGACCUUCGACCUAUCAGAUGCCCAGACCGUCCUGACCCUGUCGGAGUGUGCCCUCACUCUGAAAAUGAUCCAUCUGAAAAGGGGGCCAGAGUUCAUCCAGUACCUGCAGCAGGACUACCUGCCCUCCCUCCAGCUCUCCCCUGACAUCACACAGGAACUAUGCCAAGUGCUUCAGCAGCCAGACCCCAAGGUUUUCAAAAACUACAUCAAGGUGUUCUUUCAGCGAGCCAAAAUGUGAAACAGGAAGUGGUGCGGAAGGAAGAGGACGUGGGAUGGAGGUGGCUUAGCAUAGGAGCUGCUUUAGCACUUAAACACGGCGCCCGACGUCCUGUGUGGGGACCGGCAGGGAGGGGGCGGACCCUGCUCCACUGGCCCUGUCCAAUCAGACGAGAGCACGGCGUCGGAUUGACAGCCUCGUCAGCCACACAGGGGUCAGGCGGCUCCCCGCUCUGUGUCACGGGAAGUGAAGCAGAGGAUCAUGGGUAAAACGGUCAGGGGAUAAACGAAAGCGAGUUCAGGGGCAUUUUUCUCAUCGAAUGGUUUUCCAAUCAUUUAUUUUCUCUGUUAAAUGAAGAUAGUCCUUUUGAACGUAUAAAGCUACAUUUUUCUUUUUGUUAGAGGAGUGCUUUGAUAUUUUGAAGUUUGUUCACCUAAAUGUAGGUGUAGAGAUUUGCUUUCCAAAUUGACCUUGGAGUUUGAUUUGUAUUAUAAGGAAUUUUUUGAGUGAAAGUGAUUUGUGGUGAAAGGGACAUUGGAGUUCGCUGGAGGCGUGCGGUGCUGCGUUGUGUCUGCCCCUCCAACCUCACACCCGUGAAGAAUGCUCAUCUGUUUGGCCUUCAUAAACAAAUAAACUGAGUCCUUUAAUUUGGAAAUAUACAGCCGAAUGCGGUUUAAGUAGUUUGAUCUCAUCAGGCCGCUUGCAGUCAAUUAAGGUUUAAUGGAGCCAGCACAAAAGGAAGCCAUUUUAAGAUGUUACAGAAAGAAACACAAAAACUACUGUGUUUAAAUAUUUUAUAAGCCCCCCCCCCCCCCCCCGGCAGUCAAACUGACGACGACGUGCGGACAGAGGAACACUCCACCCUCACCGCCUGAGCAUCUUGUAAAUAUUGACUAGUAGCCGGACCUCCACAUCAGGGCAAGCCCCUUUACCCCACGGAGAGUCAAUGGAUGAAUUAGCGAAUUGAUAAAAAAAGAUAUUUUUUCUGUGUUUAUAUAAUAUAAUCACUUUUAGCAGAUCAUUCAAUCGAAUAACUUGCUCUCCACUGGAAACUUUGAGUCUGAGGGAGUUGAGGACACACAGCUGAACUUUCCCCACAAACCUGUUAUAUCUCCAGAGACAUGUCCUUCUGAAUACGGCAACAGCAAGGAACAGACCAGGAAUUCACCAGGAAUUUCACUAGUCUGGGUCUUCUUCAGAAGCAUGUCCCAAUUUCUGCAGAUGGUCCUUCAAUGCAGCUACAUACCUCCUUCAUAAGCAGUUCAUAAUACCUUCAUAAGCAUGACAUAAGUGCUCAUAAAUACUUAUGUCAAUAACCAUAAUUAGGCAAGCGAGUCAUGUCCCAUGCCUGUUUGUGGGUGUGAGUGUUUAUGGGUGAGAGUGUUUAUGGGUGAGAGUGUUUAUGGGUGUGAGUGUUUAUGAGUGUUUAUGGGUGAGAGUGUUUAUGGGUGAGAGUGUUUAUGAGUGUUUAUGGGUGAGAGUGUUUAUGGGUGAGAGUGUUUAUGGGUGAGAGUGUUUAUGGGUGUGAGUGUUUAUGGGUGUGAGUGUUUAUGGGUGAGAGUGUUUAUGGGUGUGAGUGUGUAUGGGUGUGAGUGUGUAUGGGUGUGAGUGUGUAUGGGUGUGAGUGUUUAUGGGUGUGAGUGUUUAUGGGUGAGAGUGUUUAUGGGUGAGAGUGUUUAUGGGUGAGAGUGUUUAUGGGUGAGAGUGUUUAUGGGUGAGAGUGUUUAUGGGUGAGAGUGUUUGUGGGUGAGAGUGUUUGUGGGUGAGAGUGUUUGUGGGUGAGAGUGUUUGUGGGUGUGAGUGUUUGUGGGUGUGAGUGUUUGUGGGUGUGAGUGUUUGUGGGUGUGAGUGUUUGUGGGUGUGAGUGUUUAUGGGUGUCUGUUGUGCUCAUGAAAGAGUUGUGUAGCUCUUAUGAAACACAUUCAUCAUUUAUAUUCACAUACGCUGGUGGGGGAAAAGUUCAUCAGAUCGCUGUAGCAGGUCUCUGUUUACCCCUAGCUGGGUAGUUCUACUUCCUACUCAUAAUCCCUGCCUUUUUACUGUUAAAAGAUAAACUACUAGUUUUGCAGCCAAAUAAGCGAUGGAUCUAAAGUAGGGUUUGGAUUUUCAGCAUGUAACCCUAGAUACGCUGGGACAGUGUAGGUCAGGUGUGUCCAGUCCUGUUUGAAGAGGCCCAAUGUGGGGGCACUGCGAUGCCCAAUUAAACUAACUCAUCCCGGUCCUCAGAGAUCCAGGUCGUCAGUAGAGAUCCAGGUCAUCAGUAGAGAUCCAGGUCCAGUGUCUGUGCGCUGGGCUGAAGGUAAAUCCUGCACCUGCACCGGCCCUUUUCCAAUAGGACUGGACACCUUCCCCUCGUGCUGAUCCUGGGUCAGUCUGAGUCUGUGUGCACACUAAGCCUGGGCUCAUUGUGGUUGAGCGGACUGAUCCAGGAUCAGCCGUUUGGGGCUGCUACUCCAGAGCAUAGAUACAGUGCAGCAGGGUGUUUGUCAUGUUCGGGUGAAAUUGCCACUGACAUUUUCUGCAUGUGCUGUACAUUAGAUGAAUCACUAAGAACAUUGAGUGUUACCCCCCCCCCCCCCCAGGCCCUGUCCCCCCCAGGCCCUGUCCCCCCCCCGGUGGAGACCACCAGCUAACGCCCUGCUACAGUCCCUGCUCCAGCUGACGGCUCAGGCCAUUUCACUGGAUCGGCCAUUAAACCCCGUUAUUGUGAAGCAGCGACUAGUGCCAUUUUGUGUUAAAUUUGUGCUUCAGUGUGAAGAGGUGUUCUAGUGCCCACGGCUUGUUCAAUUAGGGACCAGGCUUGGUCUGUUCAUCUUUCGUGCAAGUUUUUGCAUUUGACUCAAAUAUUAAGACUACCAGGGCGAAGCCAGCUAUAAUUGAAUUUGUAUAUUUACUAGGCCAAGUUUUUAAAAUGGCGACUGAAGGAAACCUAUUUACACGUGGGUUUAUUUGAAAUUAAUAAUUUUGCUGCAGUUCCCAGUGCUGGUGCGAACGACCUCAGCCUUCAGUUGGUGAUAGGAGGGGAAGGGCUGUCUGCUGUCACUUACAGUGUAUGAACCAAUCAGAAGACUCCCGGCUUUGUCCAGCUGCAAUAAUUCAGUGGUGGUGUAUACGGUCUCCCUGACUGUACGGUCAGUUAAAUUCUGCUAGCUCCAGCAUUCACUCAGCUAGAGUGCUGGGCUUCAACGUGAGCGUUUGUUGUCCUUUUGCCUGGCUGAAGAACAGCUGCUCUUGGACGAAUCUGACAACAGAGCUUCCUUGCAUGAACUGGACUCAGGAGACAAUCCAACCGGUAUCCCCCGGUAACCCUGGUGCACCCAAUCAGAUUCAUCUGUUCAAAUCUCAGUUGAGGGCUCAGAGAGAACUAAGGUGAUCUGUCGGUGAAAAGAAACGCAUGCCUCAAGUCCAGCUCGUCCGUAAAACACUUCCUGUUGUGCCGAACGUGUCGGCUGGGUUAAUCUGGUCAGACUGCAGCAUGUGAGAGACGGGGUACACGUGUUAGUCUAACCACUCGCGUGAAUUCUGCCCUGGGGUCCGAUAGGCACAGCCAGAGGGCUAACUGUCUGCCCUGGGGUCCGAUAGGCACAGCCAGAGGGCACCGAGGUCUGUGUCCAUUUCCUGCUCCUCCUGUAAGCCCCUCACAGGAACAGUCCACCACACUAUGCAUGUUCAGACAGCCACAGCUCAACGUGUCAUAAACGUGUAGUUAUUAAUAUUUCUUCUGGAACUUAUUGUUGAUGUCUUAACAUUGUGGAAUUCUGAAGCUCAGUGUUGUGAUUAUUUCUGAGAGGAGAGGAGGGGGGACUGUGUUCGUCUGUUUCAUUACCAAUAAAGUGUUUACAAAUCCA